AUGUCAAAAAGAGGAAAACUGAUUUGCCAUUUUAAAUAUCUUUUGGCAAUUAUCUUUGUGUUCUUCGGCUCAGUCAAUGCACUUAAGGAAAAUAUUGGUGCAUCUAAUCCAAUUAUUGAAGCAACUUAUGAUCUAAUGGUUCUCGUUAUUAUUCCAGUGGUCUUAACCAUUGAUAUUGAUAGUGAAAAAUUUAUUAAUGCUAGUGAAAGAAGAGAGUUAAGACACAUACUUAAAUAUUUAAAAUUAGCUCCCACUAUAGUAUUGUUUCCUUUGCAAAUUUGGUUCUGUAUUCAAUCUUACUAUUUUUUUAAUGAUGAAUUUUUUAUUAUGUACUUUAUUGCAAAGAAUAUAGUUUUAGUUUGCACUACUUUUAGUACUACUUGUAUUUCAUGUUGUUUACUUGGUUUAUUUUAUUUAAAUAAUCAUUUUAACACUUCUAAUGAUUCUAAAAAAACUCACAAGACUGAAAGAGCAUUAGUUUUUCCUUCAAUUAUUGUGAGUUUAUCAAUCUUUACUGUAGAUUUAGUCUUUCUUAUUUUAGCGGCAAAUCGAAAUGGCGAUCAAUAUGUUGAUAUGUCAACAUAUUUAUUUGUGUUAGUACCUAUUAGCGUAUCUUUUGUCGCUGGGAUGUUACUAUAUAUACAUAUUUUUAGGCACGUUGGUUCUCCAGAUGAGCAGGAAAGAAUAUGGAUUAAUAAAGGUCUAGAUUUUAAAGGCCUUAAAGAUUGGGUUGGUAAUGCAAUAAAAAGAGAACAGCUCGAAAGAGCAACGUCGAUAGUGAGCUUUUGUUCGGAAUUGAUAUUUUGCGCAAUUGUUGCACCCAGCGUUUUAUGGAUUAAGACCUAUCUUUUCUUAUCAUUUCUAUCAUAUUCAAUGAAUGAUCUUUAUUUGAAGUUGAAACAUAAACAAGAAGAUUGCGAAAAGUCAGAACAUAAGCAAAAAAAUAGCACUGCUACAUCUGACGUACAAGAAUUUGCGUAA